AUGGAACGUCAAUUGUGCUUUCAAAAAAAUCUCUCGCGUGCAGAUGUGGAUCGGAACUUGGAAGUGCCCAGGGGGGCACUUCAUUUACCGGGUCACAACGGAGUCUUCAUCUUGCGAGACCUGGUCGGAGCAACAUAUCGCCUUAGAGCCCCAACAAGGCGUAGCGGAAGGCGUUCUCUCGCCGAAGAUUGGAAGGCUUUUUCAGCUGCAAAAAAUCUUAAAGCCGGUCAGCAACUAAGAAUGUAUCGCGUAGGUAAUGAAUACUCGGUAGAAGUGGAUGUAAAGCUCUUUGGAAUGUCUGAGAAAGAGGAGUUGUUUUUGAUGAUUAUGGCCGAGGAGUAUAUAUUGGGAUGGUUUUUUGAGCUGUGUUGGAGUUUUGUCGAGUAG